GAAAUCGGAGUAAUACAGAGCCAAGUCUACCACGCACAUUGGCCCAAGGACCAGCAAUUGGAAAAGUAGCCAAUUUUUAGGAUUUAGAAGAAAGCCCACCUCCAUUUCCCAGGAGUCGCGGGGGCGGGUGGUAGGCACGCCUUCGGAGAUAUGAUUGGUUAAGAAAAGAGGACAAGGACAAAGGGGAGGGAGAAGGGAAGAGAUGUUGCUUCGGAUUGGAUGAAAGGUCUCUCACUCUAGGCGGGAGAAGGGAAGGGGUGUGUGUACGCAGAUGGAGGCGGAAGUUGUGACGUGAAGUAGCGCCCGGCAGAAUGGAGGCCGCACAGGAGACAAGAAACCUGACUGGUAUCAGACAGAUCAUCUUGGUCCUUUCAGGAAAAGGUGGGGUAGGGAAAAGCACCAUCUCUACAGAGCUGGCCCUGGCCCUCCGGCAUGCUGGCAAGAAGGUUGGAAUUCUGGACGUGGACCUCUGUGGUCCCAGCAUUCCCCGAAUGCUUAAAGUACAAGACAAGGCUGUGCACCAGUGUGACAGUGGUUGGGUGCCCGUGUUUGUGGACCAGGAGCAAACCAUCUCCCUCAUGUCUGUGGGCUUCUUGCUAGAGAAGCCAGAUGAAGCUGUGGUGUGGAGAGGACCCAAGAAAAAUGCAUUGAUAAAACAGUUUGUCUCUGAUGUGGCCUGGGGUGACCUGGACUAUCUCAUUGUGGAUACACCACCAGGGACCUCUGAUGAGCACAUUUCUACUGUGGAAGCUCUUCGCCCUUAUAAGCCCCUGGGGGCUAUUUUGGUUACUACACCUCAGGCAAUAUCUGUGGGUGAUGUUAGGAGAGAACUCACCUUUUGCAAGAAGACAGGGUUGCAAGUGAUUGGAAUCGUGGAAAAUAUGAGUGGUUUUGUCUGUCCACAUUGUUCGGAGUGCACUAAUCUUUUCUCUAAGGGAGGUGGGGAAGAACUGGCCAGGCAUGCAAAAGUCCCCUUCUUAGGCUGUGUGCCCCUGGAUCCUCAGCUUACAAAGAGUUUGGAGGAAGGCCAAGACUUCAUCCAAGAAUUCCCUAAAAGCCCUGCUUUUCCUGCAUUCAUUUCUAUCACUCAGCAGAUCCUGGAUGGGACAUUGGCUCAGACUUCCUAAUGAAGGCAUCUCAGGUUCUUGCUUACUAUGAUUCCUUUUUUGCUGCUGUUGGAUUCAGCCCUUUGCCUAAAAGAUAGAAGAAUGUCACAGAGCAAAGACCUCUAAAGAAACUUCCUGGAUCAUUCAGAAGCCCUCAGUGCAAAGGAACCAGUGUCAUUUCUGCAAUUAAAAUAGGCUUCCUAAGGACCAGGUAGCUAUUCCCUCUGGGGCACUGGCUUUGUUGUUUUUUGCACCACCCCUAAUCAAGCCCUGGCAUGCUCCCACUCAGAAUGGGCUUCUGUGGAUCCACAGUGGUUAAUGGUACUGAAUUUUUAGUUGCUUCUAACAAGACAGGACCGUGGAGGGUGUGCUGACUUUAGUUAAGAUGUAACUAACUGUAGAGACAUCUCAACAUAAUGUCAUUGGCAUUGCCUUCUCUACCUCUGGUACUAAGACUAUUGGGUACACCAUGGACAUCUUUCCUUUGCUCUGGAUUCAGGGUCUUAAUAGUUUAAGUACUGUAGUUGGAGUAUUUCCCUUUUCAGAUAUGGAAGUACCAUCUGGCCAUUAAGUCUAUAUGAUAACUUGGAAGCAUAUGUAGUCUAAAGGAAUGUAUCUGUAGCCCCACCAUAUCAGAACCUUGAUGCCAACUGAAGAUUUCUACAUUGUUAAACAUGCCUCAGGAGUGCUUUGUAACUUUAAAGGAACCCCCAAUUAAAGAAAUUCCCCUCUGUUUUUGCA